GACUGUAUCGCCAAUGAUAGUUAAUCGUCGAUGAUCAAACAGUCGAGUCCAGUAGCCUGCGUCGUUAAAACAAAAUCCUCUGACUGAUAUUUCACAAGAUCAACUUUACAUUCAGAAUCUAUUCUUACUGUUCUUUUCUUUUUAAAAAAUAUCAGAAUGACGCCUCUACCUCGGUGGGUGUUGCUGUCGUUGUUGUUGGCCACGGUCGCCGCGCAUCCGGUUCACCACGCAUGCGUCCACCUCUGCCAUGCACGGAACACCACCAGCCCCGAAAUCACGGGAGUCUGCGACCACCAUCGGGACCACCUCGUCCUUCAGUCCGGUGCAGCCCGGUCCCCGAAUCUCUUCGUCCUCUGCCUGACCCCGUGUCAUGGUGCCGCCUCGCCGGAUACCCUCCGCUACGACGACACCCCCGUCUGUCGUGCGUUCAGGGAGUCGCUCGUCAAGCGUCACCGUUGCCCCUGUCGCCACGUAGACCGUGAUGAGAGGGCGAGAAAGCUCGAUGGGGAGGAGGUGGAGGAGGAGGAGGAGGAGAAGGAGAAUCGUCGUCGAUGGGCCGAGGAAUUGGAGAGGUAUCGGUUGAACGAGAUCGACGGAAGCGUGUCGAAGAAGAUCGACGAACGUUGGUCCGUGGCUCUUCUCCCUUCUGUCGGGGAUCAGCGUGGAAUCGAGGAGAACGUUUCUGGGAGGAGCGUGCAAGUGGAGAUCGACACGUCGAGCAUGGAGAAGAACGCUACCGCCGAUAAUUUGAGCCCCAAUGAUUCGCCUAUGGACGAGGAUUCCAUGGAUUGGGAUCUGUGGUGUAUCAGCCAGUGCGACAACGGUAAGGGUGGCAGCGCCUGUCAUUGCGACAUUAUACCUUGAAGUGAAGGAGGGACGCGAUGGGACGGAUGAAGAGGAGAUGGACGAAUUUACAUAUCUCGUAGAUUAGUCGGGACGAUUGGUACCGAUAAUAGGACGUAAGGUUAGUCUUAUUUAGUUGAUAAAAACGCGUAUUGUUUAGCUCUUUUCUCUUUUCUUUUCCUUUCUUUUCUUAACCUACGCGUUGGCCGAUAAUCCUCGUCGAGAGGAAGGGCGUGCAUUUCGAUCGUGUGAGAUAUUUGUCCAUAUCGGAAGGUAUAGGAGAUGAUAAAAUAUAUAUAUAUAUAUAUAUAUAUAUAUAUAUAUGGGAAAUUCGCUCCCCUUUUAUCCGAAGAUGCUCUCUUGAUCGAUCAAGAUCGAUCACGAUGAGAUCACGGCGUUCAGAAUUGGAAUUUUUUUUUUGUUCCUUUUUCGAAACGAUUAUCGGUCGUGGCUUAAUUGCUUUCUUAGGCUUAAGAUUUUCUCUAGACGCUAGGUCCGGUUCACGCGCUUAAUGGGGGGGAGCUUAACGUUCAAGGAAAAAGCUUUUUAUCACACUGCAAUAAUAGAGGGAUUUUUCUUUGAGACAAAGACGUGUUUCAUUGUAACGGACUAUCGACCGUCUCCACGAUAAGAGAAAGAACACUUCCUUCGCACCGUAUUUACAGUCUAAGAAACUUUGAAGGCGAUACACAAUUACGAGCAUUGUUCCGACUCGAGGCGUGUGAACGGGACGCUAAAGUGCGAUGUGUGUAUUAUGCAAUAAAACGAUAUUUAUAACGUGGCCGCGAUGCAACUAACGCGUGCAUCGUCGUGUCAUCAUCGCGUAAUAGCUCUGUAAGAUUUCUUCUUAUCGUAAAUGGAUAAUCUUUUACACGACACCUGUAUUUAAAUAAGGGAAUUAGAAUAAAAAGAUGUUUUAAGAUGUUUGUUAAGCGAAACGAAACAAAAUCCAUGUCUUCCAUUUCGUAGUCUCUUUGCUACUUCGCAUAUGGCUGUACCAAGCCUCGAGGACUCGAUAAGAUCCGACAGAUCACAGUGCAGAAUGCAGAUGCAAGCGUGCGAGUACCAAUUGUUGUUUAAGCGAUUAUUAUUAUUUUUUUUUUGACGUAACCACGUUCCGGAGUCGAGGGAGGAAUCGAUUAUUGGUCGAUGGCUGCAAAAUGAUCUUCCUUCGCGUUCCUUCGAGCGGGAGUAAAAAAAACGUGCGUUCGUUUAUUUAUAUAGUGUGCCGUUUCAAAAAAGUUGUGACGCGACAAUAAGACGUAGAUUUCUAGUAUGCCUGAGCGAUGCAAAUUUUGUCUCUUGCGCACUUUCGACGCAGUAUCCCAUCUGUCGUGUAAAAAUUACAGAUUAUGUUUUUCGCAAGAUCGUAAACAGAUGAACGGAACAAACGGAAAUUCUUCGCGAUAUAUCGACGUGAACAUCGAAAUAAUCCGGAAAUAACGAUCAAAAGUGCGCGAAAGACUCGACUUCAGCGAUUUAUUGGCUACAUAUAGUUAUAAGUACAUAAUUGCUUUGUAAAUAUUUAUAUAAAUAAUCCCAUCCAAGAUUUUAUUUGAUUAUAUUAUGAUAUACCAAGGAAUCGAAACAUUUGGGGUACCAAUUUACAAAUUUAGGAUAUGAUAUGUACAAUUUAAUCGUUGUUAAUAUUAAUAAUGCGUUAUUAUAUUCUGAUACGUACACAUAAGAUAUGUAUAUGCGGUUGCUGUCAGGAAACAGUUAUAAAAUUAAAUAAUCAAGGUAGAUAUAUCACGAAUAUUAUGCUCAAAUGCUAUUUGUCAUUAAAAUUAUACAAGUUAUUCCAUUCUCUGAUUAUAUUUCUAUUAUUUAUUGUUUGCGAUUGUACAUUAUGUAUAUAUGAUGUAAGUGAAUAUAAUAUUCGCAUUAUGUUUUGUCAUACGAUAAAUAAAUAACAUAAUAUCCGA